CUGUUCGGGCGCGUGCGGCCGGCACUCCGCUAGAGGUCCUCCAGCCGGCGGCUGCGCUCGCUUGCUGCCCGCGACAGGUGACGGCUGGCGGCCGGCGGCUCGCGGCUGCGGCGCCCGGCGCGGGUUGGCUGGCUCGGGCGUGCGUCGCUGAGGCGGCCGGAGCCAACGGGCGGUUAGCGCUCCGUUCUACGCGGGAGGGGCGGCACCCCGGGCGCUGCACGGCCUCGGCCGACGCGGGCGGCGACGGCGGCGGCGACGGCGGCCGGGCUCUCGGGCUCUGUGCCCCCGGCCGGAGCCAGUGGGUGCCCCGGCGGAGAGACGGGCAGCCGGCCUCCCUGGCCCCGGCCUCCCUGGCCCCGGGCCUCCCGCGGCUGGGGCGGCUGGGGCAAGGGGACCAUGUCUGCUCGCGCUCCGGUGCCUGCCGCUCACUCUCGGGAAGAGCCGCCCGCGGCGGCUGCUGAGAAGGAGUCGCCGUCGCCCGGGGUGAGCCGGCAGGCGGAGCAGCUGCCCGCGCCGGAACAGGAGGGCAAGCAGGCGGCGAAGGAGGAGCGGGCCGCCGCCGCCGCCACCGCCACCAGCGCGGGGGCGCGGGGAGAGCCGUCGCCGGCGCCGGUGCUGGGUCACAGCGUGCCCCAGGCGGCCGUGCCCGUGAGGCCUCUGGCGCUGCACCUGGCGCACCGGGCGCGCGUGCCGCCGGGGGCCCCCUUCGGCGGGGAGCCGCUGCCGCCGCCGCCGCCGCCGCCGCGGGACCCGCCGGCCGAGGACGCCCGGGAGGAGGAGGCGACGGCCGGCUCCGAAGAAAAGCCACCGCUGCCGCCGCCGCCGCCGCCGCCGCCGAAGGAGAACCCUUGGACCAAAAAGCCGCCUCAGCACCUGUCCCCUACCGGGUCGGAGCCGCCGCCUCCCCCGCUGGAUUCCCUGGAAGCAGAGCUCAGUUCCCCAAAAAUUAUAAAAGCAGGAAAACUCAAGACAAAGAAAUCCAACAAGGCUAGUGAUUUCAGCGAUAUGGCGAAUUGGCCAACACCAAGUGAAUUAGUGAACACUGGAUGUCAGAGUGUCAUCAACCAAGGAAAUAAGAAGCUACAAAAUAAGAAAGAAAAAGAAGACAAAGUUGAAAAGAGAAAUAACAGUGAGAGCAAAGAGACCCGGGAAACAAAACUAGAUGGUCCUGGUGAAAAUACCAGUGAGGAUGAAGCUCAGUCAAAUAAUCAACGAAGGAAAGCUAAUAAGCACAAGUGGGUACCACUCCACUUAGAUGAUGUAAGACCAGAUAGUCAAGAAAGACCAGGAUCCCGGAACUGCUCAAGAUGUCAACCUGAAACAAAUAAAUCAUCACAUAAUAAUAGGAGAAAUGAUACACGAAGUUGGAGACGUGAUAGAGAAAAGAGAGAUGAUCAAGAUGAAGUUUCCAGUGUGAGAAGUGAAGGUGGUAAUAUCCGAGGUUCCUCAAGAGGCCGAGGAAGAGGCCGAGGACGGGGAAGAGGCCGAGGCAGAGGAAAUUCUCGAUUGAACUUUGAUUAUUCAUAUGCUUAUCGAGAACAUGGCGAAAGGACUGAUCAACCAUUUCAAACAGAACUUAAUACCAGUAUGAUGUAUUACUAUGAUGAUGGUACUGGUGUACAGGUAUAUCCUGUGGAAGAAGCAUUGCUCAAAGAGUAUAUUAAGCGCCAAAUUGAAUAUUACUUCAGUAUAGAAAAUUUGGAACGGGACUUCUUUCUUAGGAGAAAGAUGGAUGAGCAAGGUUUCUUGCCUAUUUCCCUGAUUGCUGGUUUCCACCGUGUUCAGGCUCUCACUACAAACCUUAAUCUCAUUUUAGAGGCACUGAAAGAUAGCACAGAAGUGGAAAUUGUGGAUGAGAAAAUGAGAAAAAAGAUAGAACCAGAAAAAUGGCCAAUUCCGGGCCCUCCUCCACGUAGAGUGCCACAAACAGACUUCUCUCAACUGAUUGACUGCCCAGAGUUUGUACCAGGCCAAGCCUUUUAUUCACAUGCAGAGUCUGCCCCCAAUUCUCCAAGAAUUGGAAGUCCACUGAACACAAAGAAAAGUACUGAAACAAGUAAUCUCCAAGCAAUGACUAGAGUUUUGUCUACCAGUUUGCCUGACUUGGACUCAGAACCUUGGAUAGAAGAAAAAAAGAGACAUCGUUCAUCCCCAAUGAAAUUGAAUGAAUCAGCAUCUCUACCUGAAGAUGCAUCAAUUCAACUCUAUCCUCCAGAUGAACAAGAACAAGAAGAACUUGAUUUCUUAUUUGAUGAAGAGAUGGAACAAGUAGAAGAACGAAAAAACACAUUUACCGAUUGGUCUGAUAAUGAUUCCGAUUAUGAAAUUGAUGACCAGGAUUUAAACAAGAUUUUGAUUGUAACUCAGACACCACCUUACAUGAGAAAACAUCCUGGAGGAGAUCGAACAAGCAACCACAUGUCUCAGGCAAAAAUUACAUCUGAACUUGCUAAAGUUAUCAACGAUGGCUUAUAUUACUAUGAACAGGAUCUGUGGAUGGAAGAAAAUGAAAACACACACACAGCCAUAAAGCAAGAAGUUGAGAACUUUAAGAAGCUAAAUCUCAUUAGUAAAGAGCAGUUUGAAAACCUAACACCUGAACUUCCUUUUGAGCCAAACCAAGAAGUUCCUGUAGCACCUUCGAAGUCCAGGCAAGGUUGGCUUAUUUCACUUAGCAUAAUAUUUUCCAUGUCUGCCCAUGCUGUCCCAAAGGAAAUAUCUUCAACAACAGUCUGUUCACUGCCAACAGCAGUUCCAGAAUCUUCUAGAAUUUAUCCUGCAAGGAUACCCAAAACACCCCGAACACCCAGGUUACAAGAUCCAAACAAAACACCAAGAUUUUAUCCUGUGGUUAAAGAAUCAAAAGCCCUUGAUAUAAAGAGUCCAAGAAAGAGAAAAACAAGACAUAGUACAAAUCCCCCUCUGGAGUGUCAUGUUGGUUGGGUAAUGGAUUCCAGAGAUCACGGGCCAAGAACACCCUCUGUCAGCAGUUCAAAUGCUUCACCUUCAGAAGGUUCCCAACUCAUAGGAAGUUAUGGAUGUACUCCUCACUCAUUCCCGAAGUUCCAGCAUCCUUCUCAUGAACUUUUGAAGGAAAAUGGCUUUACCCAGCAAGUGUACCACAAAUAUCAUCGAAGAUGCCUAAGUGACAGAAAGCGCUUGGGAGUUGGCCAGUCCCAAGAAAUGAAUACUCUCUUUCGUUUCUGGUCCUUUUUCCUCAGAGACCACUUCAAUAAAAAAAUGUACGAGGAAUUUAAACAACUUGCUUGGGAAGAUGCAAAAGAAAAUUACAGGUAUGGAUUAGAAUGUCUUUUCAGGUUUUAUAGUUACGGACUGGAAAAAAAAUUCAGACAAGAAAUUUUUAAGGAUUUCCAAGAAGAAACCAAAAAAGACUACGAAUCUGGUCAAUUGUAUGGAUUAGAAAAGUUUUGGGCUUAUCUAAAAUAUUCUCAAUCUAAGACACAGUCUAUUGACCCAAAACUUCAGGAAUACCUCUGUAGCUUUAAGAGGUUAGAAGACUUCCGCGUUGAUCCCCCCAUUAGUGAGGAAUUUGGAAGAAAACGACAUUCAUCUACUUCUGAUUCAGAGAGUGAUCAUCAUAGACUUCCAUCUAAUUCCUCCACAAAGUCACCAAAUGCUGCUAAGCCUGCAUCUGCCAGUCAACUUCAGGUUCCAAUACAUUCUCCCAGAAGGAAUAUGUCACAGGAGUCCAGUGACAAUUCACACCAGAACAGUGCUGCCUCAGUCUCCACAAAUGGUGAAAUGUCUGAGAAGUAGAUGCUUAUGAAAGUUGCUUGCCCUUGAAAUCAACAUUUACAUCAAUAUUUAUUUGGGAAAACCUGAUGUUUAAUUGUGACGAUCAGAAAAAAGAAGAAGGAAGAAAAGUGGUACCUUUUUUUUCCAUAGCAAGAUAAAUUCUAAAAAUGUUUUCCCUGACUUCAUGAACAGGAUAGUUUUGGUGAUCUAUUAUAGAGAUCCUCUAGUAAUGAAUAGGUCUCAGUAUUUCUUUUUCAAGGCCAUUGUUUACAAGAACAGCAUUCCUUAAAAUAUAUUCAAAAACAACACAAGGAAUGCCUAACAUUUCAGGUCAUACUUCUUAAAGAAGAUAUAGUAUGUUGUAUUCAUCUAUAGAGCUUUCUUAAAGAAUCUAAUUACCCCACUAUCAAUUCAUAUUUGAAAUUAAAAACGAAGAUUACGUAAAUAUUUUUUAAUUCAGAAAAAGAAUAUGAAAUGAUACAUUUGCUUUUAGAUGUGUAAAGAAAACCUUUUUGUUGUUGUUUUUGUUUUAACAAAAGUAGAAAUAUAUUGCAGUUAUAUUAAAGCAUACGCACUUUGGAUGCAAGAUUUUCCUUUUCCCCCUGUGAGUUUAACCUCAUGAUUUCUAUAGUUAUUGUUGUGUUGGUGUGGAGUAUUGUAAAUUGGCAUUAGCUGUUUACAUAUUAGGAGUGAUUUACUUUUUGUGAUUCUACAUAAACCUGCAAAAGCAAUUGAAAAGUAGUGAAAACUGGGUUGGAAUGUUGUCCUAAAUUAAUUAAAUUUUGCACUGUUUUGAAUGCAUCAGCUCUUUGUACAUCUGCAGGUGGGUAUAUCACAAACAGAUUAUCUUCAAUUUAAAAGGAGCACUUAGAUUUCCUUUUUGUUUCUUUUAGUUUUUUAUGCUUGUGUUUUCAAGAGUUAUAGUACAUUGAUUUCUAAUUUUAUUGCUAUUGCAACUGAUGUAAAUGAUAGUUUCAGUUUUUGUGGGAAUUUAAAAAUAAAGCACUUUCUAAGUUA